GUUUCCAUGCAGUUCAGUUGAGUGGAGUGUGCUGGAGGAGCCGAGCAGCUGCAGGGAGGGAUCAGGUCACUUUAUCAAAAACUCAUCAUGAUCAUCGUCAUUGAAGACAAGGCAGCUUUUGAUAAAGCUCUGGCUGAUGCAGGUGAUAAGCUCGUUGUGGUGGACUUCACAGCGACGUGGUGUGGGCCUUGCCAGAGUAUCGCUCCAUGCUUCAAAGCACUGUCUGAAGAUGCAGAAAAUGCUAAUGUGGUCUUCCUCAAGGUAGAUGUGGACGACGCACAGGACGUGGCUCAGUUCUGUGAGAUCCGAUGCAUGCCAACAUUCUACUUUUACAAGAAUGGAAAGAAGUUGGAGGAGUUCUCUGGGUCCAACCACACGAAACUGGAAGAGCUGGUGAAGACUCACAAAUGAAGAGAGAAAUGUGUGAAAUAUAUAAAUAUAGGCUUGUCCCCAAACACACCUGUUAAUCUCCUAGACUUUUCUAACAAGCACUCGUUUUGUUGCUUAAUGAACUUUUGAUGCCCUGACAGAUGAGCUGUAGAAAAGUACAUUUUAAACAAGUAAGCCUUACUCAAUUCAUUGUGUUGCCAUAAUUAUUUAAGCUUUUUUUUUUUUUUUCCUUUAAAACCAUGUAACCCCAUGAUCUUAUGCCCAGAAAAAUAACCAUUGAAAUCAGGUUUAAACAACACAGACCUAAAGAAUACAA